CUCACAUCUUGCGGCUGCACACACACUCGCUGCCGUAUCACUACACGCACGCCUCACCGCCACAUCGCAGCCCUUGCUCCAGCUGAGCGCGCCUCCCCCGCCCGCCAUGUCCGUCAAGGCGAUGGACGUCGACGAGACGUCGGCCGGCAUCGACGAGGGCCUGUACAGCCGACAGCUGUACGUGCUCGGCCACGAUGCCAUGAAGCGCAUGGCCGUGUCGAACAUCCUCAUCGUCGGCCUGCGCGGCCUCGGAGUUGAGAUCGCCAAGAACAUCUGUCUUGCCGGUGUCAAGUCCGUGACGCUGUACGAUCCGAACCCGAUGGCGAUCGAGGAUCUCGGCACGCAGUUCUUCCUGCGCCCCGAAGACGCGGGCAAGGGCCUCAGCCGCGCCGAGGCCACUGCGCCGCGGCUAGCCGAGCUGAACAGCUACGUGCCGGUGCGCGUGCUGGAGGAGGCUGAGCUGAGCAAGGACGUGCUGGCGCGCUUUCAGGCUGUGGUCGUGACAAACGAGCCGCUGCAGCGCCAGCUUGAGCUCAACGCACUCACCCACGCCACCGCGACGCACUUCAUCUCCGCCGACGUGCGCGGCUUCUUCGGCAACGUCUUCACCGACUUUGGGCCCAAAUUCGUCUGCACGGACCCGACGGGCGAACAGCCGCUGUCGGGCAUGAUCGUGUCGGUGUCGGCGGAUAGCGAGGGCAUGGUGACCACGCUGGACGAGACGCGCCACGGCCUGGAGGACGGCGACCUGGUCACGUUCAGCGAGGUGCAGGGCAUGGACGCUCUGAACGGCUGCGAGCCGCGCAAGGUCGCCGUCAAGGGCCCCUACACCUUCACGAUCGGCGAUACCUCGUCGCUGGGCGAGUACAAGCGCGGCGGCAUCUUCACGCAGGUCAAGGCGCCCAAGGUCAUCGACUUCAAGCCGCUGAAGGAGAGCCUCGCUGCGCCGGAGCACCUCAUCUCGGACUUUGCCAAGUUCGACCGGCCCGCGUCGCUGCACGCCGGCUGGCAGGCACUCUCUGCCUUCUGGCAGCGUGAGGGGCGCCUGCCGCGCCCAAGAAACGCUGCCGACGCCGACGCCGUCGUGGCGCUUGCGCAGGAGAUCCACAAGGCCAGCGGCGACGGCUCGGACCUGCUCGACAAGAUCGUGCGCGAGCUGGCGUUCCAGGCCACGGGCGACCUCUCGCCCAUGGUUGCCUUCAUCGGCGGCUUCGUGGCGCAGGAGGCGCUCAAGUCGUGCUCCGGCAAGUUCCACCCGCUCGUGCAGCACCUUUACGUCGACUCGCUCGAGUCGUUGCCGUCAGAGGUGCCGUCGCUGCCCGAGUCGGAGUUCGCGCCGCAGGGCACGCGCUACGACGGGCAGAUUGCUGUGCUCGGCAAGGCGUUCCAGGCCAAGCUGGCCAACGUGCGCCAGUUCCUCGUGGGCUCGGGCGCCAUCGGCUGCGAGAUGCUCAAGAACUGGAGCAUGAUGGGCCUUGGCUCGGGCCCUGAGGGCGCGAUCCACGUCACGGACAUGGACACGAUUGAGAAGUCGAACCUCAACCGGCAGUUCCUCUUCCGGCCCAAGGACGUCGGGAACUUCAAGGCCGACACUGCGGCCGCCGCCGUCGCCGAGAUGAACGCGGACCUGAAGGGCAAGAUCCACAGCCACCAGAACCGCGUCGGCCCCGAGACGGAGGACGUGUACGGCGACGCCUUCUUCGAGUCGCUGACGGGCGUGACGAACGCGCUGGACAACGUGCAGGCGCGCCAGUACAUGGACCGCCGCUGUGUGUACUACCAGAAGGCGCUGCUCGAGUCGGGCACGCUGGGCACCAAGGCCAACACGCAGGUGGUGCUGCCGCACCUCACCGAGUCGUACUCGUCGUCGCAGGACCCGCCGGAGAAGUCGAUCCCCGUGUGCACGCUCAAGAAUUUCCCCAACGCCAUCGAGCACACGAUCCAGUGGGGCCGCGAGCAGCUCGACGAGUACUUUGUCAAGCCCGUCGAGAACGUGAACCAGUACCUGACGCAGCCCGACUACGUCGAGACGACGCUCAAGAGCGGCGGCAGCCAGCGCGAGCAGCUCGAGCAGAUCCGCGACCUGCUCGUCGACAACCGCCCGCUGCAGUUCGAGGCGUGCGUGGCGUGGGCGCGCAACAAGUUCGAGGAGAGCUACAACAACGUCAUCCGGCAGCUGCUCUUCUCGCUGCCCGCCGACGCCGUCACGUCGAGCGGCCAGCCCUUCUGGUCGGGCCCGAAGCGUGCGCCCAAGCCGAUCACCUUUGACCCCAACGAUCCGCUGCACAUGGAGUACAUCAUCUCGGCCUCCAACCUGCGCGCCUUCAACUACGGCCUCAAGGGCUCGACGGACCCGGCCUACUUCCACAAGGUGCUCUCAUCAAUCGUGGUGCCCGAGUUCGUGCCCAAGUCGAACGUCAAGAUCCAGACGACCGAGGCCGAGGCGGCCGCCGCGCCUGCCGCAUCCGCCGGCGAUGACGAUGCGGACCUGACGGAGAUCGCCGCCAGCCUGCCGGCGCCGUCGAGCCUCGCCGGCUUCCGCCUCAACCCCGUCGACUUUGAGAAGGACGACGACUCGAACCACCACAUCGACUACAUCACCGCCGCGUCGAACCUGCGUGCCGUCAACUACGGCAUCCCAAUCGCGGAUCGGCACAAGACGAAGGGCAUCGCGGGCAAGAUCAUUCCCGCGAUCGCCACGACGACGGCUAUGGCCACGGGUCUUGUCUGCCUUGAGCUGUACAAGAUCAUCGAUGGCAAGGACGACAUUGAGCAGUACAAGAACUCAUUUGUGAACAUCGCGCUGCCCUUCAUGGCCUUCUCGGAGCCGAUCGCUGCGCCCAAGUUCAAGUACAAGAGCCCGAAGGGCGAGGUCGAGUGGACGCUGUGGUCUCGCUUCGAUGUGCCGGGCAAUCCGACGCUGCAGGGCUUCCUCGACACGUUCCAGAACGAGCACGGCCUCGAGAUCACGAUGCUGUCCUCGGGUGUCUCGAUGCUCUACUCGGGCUUCAUGCCCGCCAAGAAGCGCGAGGAGCGCCUGAAGAUGAAGAUGAGCGAGCUUGUCGAGAGUGUCAGCAAGAAGCCGGUGCCUGCUCACGCCAAGUACCUGAUCUUCGAGGUCAUGUGCGACGACGUCGACGGCGAGGACGUCGAGGUGCCGUACGUGCGCGUCGAGGUCAAGCCGUGAGGAACGUCUAGAGCGCCCCUGUACAAUUGAUGCGUCACAGAGAG